AGAAAACCAAUAGAAACUGAACCUAAAUCAAAGAGAACUGCUCAAAAUAGAGCUGCUCAACGUGCUUAUCGUGAACGUAAAGAACGCAAAAUGAAAGAUUUAGAAGAUAAAGUUAAGAAUUUAGAAGAUAAAAAUAUUAAAGUUACUACUGAAGCUGAUUUCUUAAAAGCUCAAGUUGAAAUGUUAAAGAAGGAAUUA